AUGUAUUUAUGGCAAGCACAUAAUAUUGUGAAUGCACGUUUGCGCGGUCGUGAUACGGAAGAUCCGGAAUUUCCGAAACGCCAAUUCCCAGCUGAUUUCCUCUGUGCUAGUUGCCGGCAAGAAGGACAUUUUAAUUUGAACGAAGUGAAACACUUCUUGUUACUUUACUAUUCUGCCAUCAAACCAUAUCAGCAACAGCAGGAGCAGCAGCAGCAACAGAAACCGGAACAACAGCUGCAAUUCUAA